UCCGAGGGCGUAGGAAUGGGCAGGGGGUGGGGCCGCGCUUGCGGCGCUCCCGGGUUUAUAAGUCACCCGGAAGGCUCGCUCGUCGUCGACGCGCCGCUGCAGCACGCAGUCGCCGGCCCUCGGCCCCUCGCGACCCUCGGCCGCCGCCCGCCCGCUCGCCCGCGCUCGCCCAGCCCCUCGCGGCCUGCGUCCUAUCCGGUAGUUACCGGCCCGCGGGCUAUGGCCGCCGCGGGGUGCGCUCGGCUGCUGCGCGCUGCCUCCGCGGCCCUCGGCUGCCCGGCCCGCCGGUGGCUGCUGCUCGCCGGAACUCGCGCGGGAGCCGGCGGCCAGCCGGGGAGCUGGGGGCCGAGCGGCAGGGCCGAGCCCGGCCGGGGCGGAGGCGCGGGAGCGGGCCGGCCCCUGAGCCUGUGGGCGCCGGCGCGGAGCAGCUCAGAAGAUAAAGUAACAGUACAUUUUAUAAACCGUGAUGGUGAAACAUUAACAGCCAAAGGAAAAGUUGGUGACUCUCUGCUAGAUGUUGUGGUUGAAAAUAAUCUAGAUAUUGAUGGUUUUGGUGCUUGUGAGGGAACCCUGGCCUGCUCUACCUGCCACCUCAUCUUUGAAGAACACAUAUAUGACAAGUUACAGCCAGUCACUGACGAGGAGAAUGACAUGCUUGACCUGGCGUAUGGACUCACAGACAGAUGAAGAAUCAUACUGUCCCCUUGUAGCUCAUUUCCCUCUUGGUGAGAUCACGGUUGGGCUGCCAAAUCUGUUUGACAAAAUCUAUGGACAAUAUGACUGUUCGAGUACCUGAUGCAGUGUCCGAUGCCAGACAAUCUGUUGAUGUGGGCAAGAACUCCUAAGCUAGAAUAAAUAGAAACAUUUUACACAAUUGUACCUAUUUUUAUAAUUAUUAUGUCUUUAAUAAUGGAUGAGUGGAUUUAUUAUUAUGACUAGCUUUGCUGCUUUAAUUUGCCUUAUGACUACUGAAAUUCAUAAUUCUGAAUAUAAGCAGUUUUUAUUUUAAACUACAAAAAUGUCUGUGAAAAAUGAGAAAAUAGCCAGUAGGAUAGAAACUUGACCUAUUUUCCUUCUGUAUGUGUUGAUCUAUGUCUGCUUACCUAGGAGGAGGGUUGAUGAAGGGUUACCCUUGUUUGGUGUGAGUGAAGGCAGGGACCCAGAGUGGCUUGUCUAGAACUGUACAGCUGAUGAUGGAGUGCAUGCUGGAAUCUGGAUCUUGUUCCUGCAACUCGUGUUCACCCUGGAAGGGGGAAGUUACAGAUGUCCUAUUUAUACAGUAAUUAACAAUAAGUGUAUAUGGAAAAUAUUUAACUGCUCAGUAAGCUGCCUGAUUUAAAAGAUAGUUAUUAACUUUAUAAAUAAGGAUUUCAAAAUUUUGAUUUGGUGAGCAGUCUAAUUUUGAAGAUAGGCAUUAUAAUACUGUCAAAACUUGAUCUCCAUUCUGACUAAACUAGAGGAAUGAACUAAAAUUAGACGACUUUAUUCUGUUCUAAGCAGAAUUGUCUGUCUUUGUAAUCUUUAAAAAAUAAUGCCAAUAUAUAAAUCUCUGCCUAUGACAAUAGAAAUCUUGUGAAUUGGGUUUCUCUGUCCUGACCUGCGGAAGAGAGUGAGCUGCCGGCCACACAGCACAUCCCCAAGAGAUACCAUUCUGUCACCCAGGACCAGAGCUGGGUGUGCACUGUGAUGCUGUCUGAACACUGUUGGUUACCAGUUAUGUAUGGAAGGCAUUUGUAUACUUAUUUUUUCAUAAACGAUAAUAUGGGUAUACACAGUAUCCUCUUUGGAAAUGCUAUAAAACAUUAGUUAACUUGAAUUAAUUGUGAGAGAGUGCAGGACAAAUUAGUAAAAGUAACUUAGAAUUCAGUUAGCUUAAAAUACGUCAUGACAGUUUAAUCAUUUGAAUAAAUCCUCAUCAGGUGUGUAUUUGAUAUGCAGCAUUGUGUUGUCCCCUUGGGAAUGGAGAUGAAUGAGGCAAGGGGUGCCCACCAGGAGCUCACCUGCAGUAGGAGAAGGUAAAACAGGUGUGCACAGGUAAUAAUGCACCAGACUGACCAAUUUGCCAAAUACAAUUUCAGGUGAAUCAGUGUGUGACAAGAGAAUAGAAAGAACUCGAGACAUACAAUGUUCAUUUGAUACUUAAUAACUGUUGAAUGCUUUCUGGUGAAAAAAAAAUUUUCUCAGACUUAAAAUUAGGAAAGUUCAAAUUAAUGAAGUUCAAUUGUACUACCUAAAUAAAACCUUCUAAAUUUGUUAUUAAAUGGGGGAUAUAUUUACAACUGAUUUAUAUAAAGGUUAUUUUCCAGUUUGAAAAAAAAAUCCUAUAUGGUGAAUGUACAUUCUAGGUGAUUGUGUUGGUUUAUUGUUACAAAAUAAAUUAUUCCAAAACUUUAAAA